AUGGCGGCCUCGACUUCCCUUCCGUCUCCGAAUGCUUCGAGACGAUCACAUGACAGUUCGAAGAAGAACAAGUCUGUAAGUUUCCGCCAUAAUCCGUUCCUACGCACGGACUCCUCUAGUGAAUCCUUUGAAAGGCUUCUGCCGUCCAUGGGUGGCCAGUUUUCGGCUACGCCCCCUGCACAUCCAACCUUAGCGUUUACACACGGUAAUAAUGGCCGUAUGCGUGAAGACUUCUCCUCUUCGUCAAGUGACGUUUAUCCGAAAUCAAGCUCAAGCUCGGAUGCGGGUGCCGCAAGGGGCUCGGAUCCCGGCCCCAGUUCCGCUUCUAAUACAAUACGCAACAUUGCGGAUAUGAUUUUAUCCUUUAUGGGAAAGAUUAAAAAAUUCACCGCCAAUAAACAGCUUACAUCGCAAUCUCUGAACCUUCUGCAAUGGAAUUGUCGUGGAGUGCGGAAUAAAUUGCCACAAUUACAAGCAAUCGCCGGAGAUUAUGACGUUAUCUGCUUGCAGGAAUCUCUUCUGCAUGUUUCAUCUAAUUUCAUCCUACGUGGAUUCAAUAUUGUCAGACAAGAUAUCACUGAGGCCGGUCAACGCGGCGUGUGUAUUCUUAUCAGGAAUAACUUGGUUUUUAAUAUUUUAGACCUAUCCAACACCAGCCUCAAGGAGGAAUCUGUGGAAAUAUUGGGUGUGGAGCUUCUCUCCAAUCAAGAAAAAAUUAGCAUCGUUAACGUAUACAGACAUCCAAACCGAGAUACGCCUGAAAAGUUUUACGAAGACCUUAUGGGUUAUUUGAUAUCAAGAGACAGCUGCGUUCUAAUGGGAGAUUUCAACGCCCACCACUCACAGUGGGGCUGCCACGUUUCCGAUCGUGCGGGUAAACGCAUUAUGUCUGCGUGCGAGGAUUAUCGCAUUUGCAUAUUUAGUGACCAAAUGCCUACACUUCUCCUCCCACCAUCUGCGAGACCUUCUAUUAUCGACUUAGUCUUUGUUACGCCAAACAUCUCUCCUUUGUGCAAGGUAUCUACCGAAGAAGAUACAUGGGGCAGCGACCAUUUUCCUAUAACGAUUAAGCUGGGCAUUGAUCCGUUUCGUCGCAAACGAUUCGUUUACAAGUUAAAUCUUAAUCCUGAAGAAUUGCGGAACUUUUCCUGCGCAUUGUCCGACUCAUAUACUUCAUUUUCCGAAGAACAGCCGCAGGACCCCUGUGAAGCUUAUACACGUCUAUCAAAUCAUCUGGUGGAGACGGCGGUGGCGUGUUCUUCCUCUCCUCAUAAAAAAGCACAUCCUGGCACCAUAGUGAUUAAGAAUGAUAAAGCUGCUCCUCCCUGGUGGUCAAACACCUGUCAAGAGGCUAUCGAUGCUCGAAAAACGGCUGCCAGAACAUGGCAGAGAAAUCCCACUAUUGAAAAUUUUUAUUCGUUCAAGAGGGAGAGAGCUAAGUGUGCAAAAAUUCUUUACAGGGAAAAAAGGAAGAGUUGGAGAAAAUUCGUGGGAACUUUUAACGAUAAAACGCCCACUGCGGAGUUAUGGUCACUGGUUAAGGCCUUUAAAAGACGCAAUCUAGCCACGGUAAGCGUGGGUAUGGAUCACGCCAAAGAGAGACAAUUGUCCACGGAGGCCAUUCAAAAACUGUGUCCACCAUCGUGCUUAUCAAAUUUUCCAUCUAAUCUCGAGGACAUGAAUAAAGAGGACGAAUCGUCAAAUCAGGUUUUUAAAGAACUUGGAGCUCCAGUCAAUGUGGAACAUUUGGAUAUGGCAAUUGCAACUGCUAACAAGAAGUCGGCUCCUGGCCUAGAUAGAAUCUCCAACAGCAUGCUGGCACACUUACCGUACAACUUUAAGGAGCUAAUGGUGGAUCUCUUCAACCGUUUUUUAUCCGAGGGCGUAGUUCCGGGAGAGUGGAAGACGUCACUAGUGAUUUUCAUCCCAAAGCUGGGUUGUCUGGUGUCAGGUCUAUUUCUCUUCUCUCCUGCGUGUUGA